CACAAAAAAGUCGAAAACAUGUCGGGCAUCGCGGGAGUCGCCGUCGCGGAUUUUUCACCUUAGUUUUUCCAUUUUUCCGCAGCAAAUUGGCCCCGGUUUUGUUCGUCGAUGGUUCCAAUGUGAAGCGCGCGAUUGCCUUCGUGUGAAACGGUAGAAAAACGGUCCUCAACCAGUCGCCAUAACCGCAGAAAACCAUCUCAAAGGAUCCAACAGCAAAAGUUAACGUUGCCUCAACCCGCGUGCCCCAAAUUCGUGAAACCAAACCGAAAACAGAUAUCACUAAUCAAAUCCGGCAGUCAAACGUUUUAAAACCGCGCGUGCAAGUGUCCACACAAACAACUAUUUACAAUGAGUAACAAAGCGACCAAAAACCAGCAGCCUCCCGCCGGCAACACCAGCACAAAACAGCACCAAAACCACCAACAUCAGCACAAUCACAGCUCAAGCAGUCCCAAAAAGACCAAAACCCCAUCGACGCCCUCCUCCUCCAGCACCUGGCACAUAUCGAUAACGUCCCUCGCGUUACUCAGCCGGCUCUUCGUAAUCACCCUGCAAGUAGUAUCGAACCACCUCGUCCCGGACCACGAUGCCGGAGUGUUCGUAGCCCCACGAGACCCGGAAGCACCCCCCGCCAAACUGGACGGCGCGGUAAACUUUUUCCUCGGCGGGCUGCACCGCUGGGACGGCCAGUACUUUCUCCACAUCUCCGAGUACGGCUACUCGUACGAAAACACGCUCGCGUUCUUCCCGCUGUUUCCCUUUAUCAUCAAGAUCGCCACCAGCUCGCUCGGCGGAAGCACCCCAAUGAUCACGUACCGCGAACUCUCGCUCGUGCUGGCCGUGCUGCUCAAUCUGGUGUGCUUCGUGCUGGCCGCAAAAGCCCUUUACAAGCUGAGCAAUCUGGUGCUGGGAAACAAGAAAAAAAGCGAACUGGCCGUCAUUCUGUUCUGCUUCAAUCCGGCGUCGAUCUUCUUUACGGCGCCGUACACCGAGGCGCUGUUCUCGUGGCUGUCGUUCAGCGUGAUGGCCCAGUGCAUCGACGAUAUCAACUCGGUGUUCAUCACGAUCCCGCUGAGCUUGAGCAUCCUGUGCCGGUCGAAUGGUGAGUAGAAUUUUUGCGA